AUGGAUCUCAGCGCUGCCAAUUUGCUGUACGCAGCGGCGGCCAUACUCCUUGGGCCGGCGCAGCUAGCAGCCAAGGGGGUGGUCAUGAUUGAUCUGUCCAUGAUGAACUCCACCGUGUUCAAUGCUCAGAGCGCGAUAGCAUCAAUUGAAGCGGGCGCAAGGUGGUCUUCAGUUUAUCACACCCUAAAACAAUACGGAGUUGCCGUGACCGGAGGCCGAGCAGAUUCUGUGGGCGUGGGAGGGUUAGUUAUAGGUGCUAAUGGGACUCUUGUUGUUGCGAAUAGUACCACACAUAGCCGUCUCUUUCGAGCGCUGAAAGGAGGAUCCAAUAACUUCGGGAUAGUUACGAAGAUCGAUAUGACCACCUUCCCACAGGGAGAUCUCUGGGGCGGCAUCGUCCGUCACCACAUUUCCUCCAUACCCCUGCAGAUCAGUGCUCUGGUAAACUUCACUAACCGACUCGUUGACGAUCCGCUUGCCUCUGUUGUCGGUAUAUGGCAGUAUUCGUCGGAUAUAGAAAGGCUGGAAGCAGCUACUGGAAUCCAGUAUGCGCAGCCAGUUGAAGAACCACCGAUUUUCCAUGAAACCGGCCGCAUUGGUGAAUCGAAUACGACUCGCGUUGCUGACAUACAAGAUCUCAUGAUGGAGACGGCUCCACCGUCAGGACGAAGGGUGUUGCUGCUGACCUUGACUUUCAAAAAUGAUGCACGCGUUGUGCAUAAAAUAUUGGAAGAGCAAGGGGAGGUGAUAGAAAACGCAAAGGCACACGUCAGGGGGGAUUCAUGGAACGUCGUUAGCUUUCUGCAGCCAUUUCCUGCAUUCUUUGGCAAUCUCAGCACUAAAAACUUGGGGAACGUUCUUGGCCUAGAAAACAUGGGCAAUAAUCAUCUUUUAUAUCUGCUGUUCGUUUCAUGGGGCAGCAAACGGGACGAUAGCCUAUUCCACGAACAGGGCCACAGGCUUAUCGAGCGUAUUAGAGGCUUCUCUCAUGAAAUCGGUGCAGAAAAUGAUUUUAUAUACUUGAAUUAUGCAGGAAAGGCCCAAAAUCCAUUACGAAGCUACGGCGAGCACAACCUGCGCGAGAUACUGAGAGUGGCAAAUGAGUACGACCCGGACGGUGUCUUCCAAAUCCAAGCUCCUGGCGGCUUCAAGGCACACAUGGCCUGA